AUCGGCCGAAGAUGGUCUUCGUGUUGUUUGAAGGCACGGGCAGUGGGUUCGAUGUCCGAUGGGAAUUUGUAACGCGCCUGCCACGUUUCAGCGAGCGAAGAACGUGACGUUCCAAAACUUCAUCAACAAGACUCGGUUGACUCAAGGAAUUAUCAACUUCUGCGUCAUCGUCUACAUGGAUGAUAUCCUUGUCUACUCGGAAACCUAUCACGGACAUGCGCAACACAUUGAAUGGACGUUGGGAGCGCUGAGAGACGCUGGAUUCAAGAUCAUCGCGCUCGAGAAGAGCGACUUUUUCCUUUCGGAAAUUUUGUUCCUGUGUUACGUCGUGACACGUGGAGGAGUGCGGCCUGACUCAAGAAAGAUCUCGGCGGUAAGAGAAGCUCCUGUUCCCACGUCGUUGACGCAGGUUCGAGUCUUCUUGGGGUUGGCAUCGUACUAUCGUCGUUUCAUCAAAGGCUUCGCCGCGAUUGCACGACCACUAACGAGACAAGUAGCAGUUCUCCCAUGUGGCAAGAAGCAGAUUGGUGGCAAUGGGCGACAGAGGGGUGUAUGCAGCGGCGAAGUUCCGAUUCGCAGGCAGUCCGCAGGCGAUGAUACUGGUAGAAGCAGUGGCUGUCCAUCGGCGAUCGGCUCCAGGAAUCAGCCACAUGUCUACGCCGCUCGCAGUCCCUAUUCUCGAUCCUGGCAGUGGCGACUUUGGCGCAAGCACUUCGUCGAGCUGUCGGUGUGCCUAGUCGGGAUACGAAUCACGUGGGCGAGGGACGAAGACCAUCGCGAGUGGAGCGAGUACUUGGAGUGGCUGAUUAUCCAGGCUUGGAGAACAGACGUGGAGGGCGAUCUUCUUGGAUUCCUGUUUGGAUCGGUGCGGCCCAGCCAUCGCCACCCAAUCGUCCUAGAGCUCACGGUCCCACUCGCGCAGCUAGCAGACGAUCUUUCCCUGGAGAUCGUCUCGCAAAGUGACGAGAACCCGGUCCCGCACGUUCUCACGCGGACCUUGGCGCCAUAUCUUCAGUGGUCAGCGUGCCUAGAGGAGCCGGGAAACAACUGCAACCCGCCAUCGCAGCGGGAUUAUCUGAGCCAACGAGAGAUCAUCGAUCUCGCCUACUUCCGGGAUCAAACGGCUACCGAGGACGAGGCGGUAGCAACAGAGGAAGAAGCAGCAGAAGAAGAAGAGGAGGCCGAGGAAGAAACUCCCGAAGAGGGGUGUUACAGUGAGCACAGCGAAGGGGAGCAAAGUGAGGAGGAGGAGGAGGAAGAAGAACAAGACGACGAGGAGGAAGAAGAAGAAGAUCAGGAGGAGCUAGAAAAUUCAGAGUGGGAAGGAUUUGAGGAGGAGGUGCGUACGGAGGCUCGAGAACAGGCCCAAGCGCAGAAAAGGUAGGAGAUCGCGGCUGGAAAGUGACAGCUGGAGUUUGCCAGCGCAGCAGGUCCGCCGACCAUAGACGAUCCAGGGCGAGAUUCAAAGCCGCCCAAGCCCGAACAUG